AUGAGGAAUCUGAGCGGAAGCCACAUAGCAGAGUUUGUUUUGGUUGGUUUUCCUACUUCUCAGCCCCUCCAACUACUCCUCUUUGCCCUCUUCCUUGCAAUUUAUCUGUUGACGCUGUUGGAGAAUGGGCUCAUCAUUUCCACCAUCUGGCUUACUCCAAGCCUUCAUCGCCCAGUGAACUUCUUCCUCGGCCAUCUCUCCUUCCUGGAGCUAUGGGACAUCAGCGUCACAGUUCCCCGACUCUUGGGGGCGUUUCUUACCCAGUACCAUAGAGUCUCCUAUGUAGGGUGCAUGGCCCAACCCUACUUCUUCAUUGCCUUAGCUUGCACUGAAUGGGUCCUGUUGGCGGUCAUGGCCUAUGACCGCUACCUGGCCAUCUGUGAACCCCUGCGCUAUCCUAGUCUCAUGCCUUCCUGCCUGACCACUUGCCUCGCUGCCUCCUCCUGGGGAAGUGGCUUCUUCAGCUCCACAAUGAAGCUUCUUUUCAUUUCCCAACUGUCCUACUGUGGACCCAACAUCAUCAACCACUUUUUCUGUGAUAUUUCCCCACUACUUAACCUCACCUGCUCUGACAAAGAGCAGGCAGAACUGGUGGACUUCCUUUUGGCCCUGCUGAUGAUUCUACUCCCUCUGUUGGCUGUGGUUUCCUCAUAUGCUGCCAUAAUUGCAGCCAUCCUGAGGAUUCCGACGGCCCAGGGACGCUGCAGAGCCUUCUCCACUUGCGCAUCUCACCUGGCAGUGGUUGUCAUCUACUAUUCUUCCACUCUCUUCACCUACGCAGGGCCCCGGGCCAUGUAUACCUUCAACCGCAACAAGAUCAUCUCUGUGCUCUAUACUGUCAUUGUACCAUUCCUCAACCUAGCCAUCUACUGCCUGAGGAACAAGGAGGUGAAGGAUGCCCUCAGGAAGGCAGUCUUGGGCAGAUGCCACUAUCCGAGGGAUGUCUCAGAUUGA